AUAAACAUAAAAUGGCGCAGGCCGCUUUCAAAACUUGUGAAAUUUGUGUUUCAAGUCCUGGACAUAACUACUGUGAACAGUGUGACCAGUUGUUUUGUGAUGGAUGUAAAAUAUCACAUCUACGUACAAAGAUGAGCAAAAACCACACAUUUCUAAGUGGCCCAAAUAUAAACCCGGAAGGUAAACAAUAUUGUAACGAACAUGAUGAAAACUUUAUCUAUUACUGCAAAGAAUGUAAUACGCCAAUAUGCAAAAUAUGUGUAAUUGAAAAUCACAAAAAGCAUGAUUUUUCUGAAAUUAAAACAUUAACUGAAAAAUACAAAGCUGAAGUUGAAAGAGAGAUUAAUAUGAAGUUGAACAAACUAAAAACAAAUAUAAUGGCGAUCGACCAAGGAACAAAUGCAUAUCAAUGUGAUGUCAAUGCAGUCAUUCUAUCCAUAAGAGAAGACGGCAUACUGUUGAAGAAGCUAAUUGAUACAAAAGUUGAAGAUCUUAUCAGAUCAGUGAAAGAGAAACAAGCAACAAAACUUCAAUCCUUACAGUCAAUUGGCAAUGAAUUUAAAACUGCUUUUGAUAAGGCUGAUGAACAGCACAAGAUAUAUCGAGACACAACACAGAUAACAGAAACAUCUAAAUUGCUUCUUAAACUGAAACAGAUAAAGUUACAAAUCGCUGAUGUAGAAGUAAAGCAGGUUCCUAACAUGCCGUCGGUAAACUAUGUUAAAAACAGAGCACCAGCAGGCGAAAUAAAAAAACUGCUUGGAGAUUUAACAUUCGGAGAAACUGUAAAAAGAGAAGAAACCCCGAAACAACAAGAAAAUGUUAGGUAUGUUGAUGCUCCAGGUGAAAAGAUGAAGAUAUGUCCAGUGUGUUCCAGUACUUUUUCAGCUGAUGUCACUGACACCAGUUUUGAGGAACAUGUUAUUGGUCAUGUUGGUCGAAUAUGUCCGUUGUGUUACAAUACAAUGGACAAUUUUACUGACGAAGAAUUCCAACGACAUGUCAACCAACAUCUGGAACAGAAAAAUUGUAACGCUCCUAGAAGGCCAAUAGAAUUCGACUAGUUAUUUGAAAAGACUCAUUUGAUUAAGUUUUGAAGAUAUCUGAGCAUUUGAUGGUGUUGGUAUAAAGACAUGAACACAUUGGAUUUUAUUUGAAAUAUAAGCUUGUAACCAUAAUUUUCAAAGCAUAUUUUGUUUGUUGUUGUGGUUAUUCAUAUCAUUUUUAUUACAACCCUGGUAAUUGUACAGAUAUGGAGAAAAAAUGUUUAAUUUUAUUUUCUUUUUAUCAGUUUAAUGUUAAAUCAUGUGCUUACUUGUUACCUAUAAAUGCUUUUUAUACAACUUUUUAAUCAAAGGCAAGAGGUUUUUACAUGUUUUACAGGGGGGUUUUCCAUUUUGCUUACCAGUGUAUUUAUAGUUUACGUAAUGUGUGUUUUAUCGAGAAAGUGUAUACUGUAUACGGUAUGUACUAUCAACUACAAAAACAUUUUUUUGGCGUCUUUUUCAAAAUUACUAUCAACUACCAUACCUUUUUUGUCGACGUCUUUGUUAGAUUUAUGUGUAUGCUUGUUUGAAUUUUGAAGUCAGUUGCGUUGUAUGUCUGUGAUAUUUCUUUACACAAUGUUGGCUUCUUGAACCCAGUUAUUCACAUUAACCUAUAAUGUCUGUUUGGGUUGCUCACUCAAUUUUGUCAAUAAAACAAAAUUAUCAACCGUCAUACAAGUGGGAGGUUUAGCUAGCUAUGAAACUACGUUUAAUCCCCAUUUUCUUCGGAAAAUGUCUGUAACAAGCCAAAAGUAAAAAAGGAAAACGUUGUUCUUCAAACGUUCCGUUGGUUGAUAACGUUUAAAUUUGUUCGUUUUUAUGACUUCCUUUUUUUUAGUUACCUUGGAGUUCGGAAUUUUUGUUAUACUUUUGGCUUAAUUAUUCUAGAGCACCGUAAACUGUUUUCUGUGCACUUCUAUCUAGUAAGCCUUAAAGAUACAUAUAGUGUUGUAUCAUCACUUCUGAAGACUCUGGUGGAUAGUUGUCACAUUGGCAAUCAUGCUACAUCUCUUUUUUUAUAUCAGAGUUAUAUUUCAAAAUUUAAAUCCUGUAAUCUUUAUUUUUUUUGCUUUGUUUUAAACUUGGAUGGUCCCCCAACAGCAUAAUUAUGAUUGGUAUACAAAACCAAUUUUGUAAAAUACACAAUUUGACAGUUGAAAGUUUAUAUUAUUAUUUAAAGGACCUUCUGGUGAGUAGCACCUUUAUAGUAUUUGAAUGUCUAUAAAUUUACAAAUCCCACCUACAUUUAUUUAAUAAAUUUCACUAACAUUAAUAACGCUACCAAUUUUUCUGCACCAGAUGUGCACUCCGAAUAUAAAUGUCUCUUCAGUGAUGCUCAAGGCCAACAUAUUUGAAAAUCCAAAGCCUAUGAAAAACAAUGAAGCGCUUAUAAACCAAAAAGGACAAACAAAAAGCAAGAACUCGGGCAAGGAAUCAGAGCUUUGCAUGAUAUAUUCAUGAUAUUCCUUGAUUUAAAUUACUACUAAGAUUUUAGUUGUUUUUAUGGUGUUUAAUUUGUGUUAUGAUAAGUUGAAGUGCUUUUAACAUCUUUUCAUUCUCAUUAUAUAAUCAUGAAUAAUGUGAAGGUUUUGGACACAUUUUUUUUGUACGUUACUAACAAUGAUUUAACUUAUUAAUGUUUAUAUGGGAAAUGUAAAGGAUUCAUAAUUUGCUAGAAUUAUGUUUAAUAAAGUUUUACUGCUUUAA